GUGGGCCUGUAUGAUGAUUCGUCGAAGUGGAGCUGGUCGGCACUGGACGGGUUUGGACCGCUAAGCUACACCAGCAACUGGAACAACAAUGGCCCUUAUGAUUCCAGGAAUUCGUGGGAGUUAUGCGUCGCCCAGAUGGGUGACACCUGGUUUGAGAUUCACUGCAACACCUCCCAGCCUUUUGUGUGCUAUACAAUUACACCAGGCUCAUCUACUAAGACAUAUGUGUUUGUAAGUGAAGCAAAGACGUGGUACGAGGCUCAGGCCUACUGCAGACAGCAAUACACUGACCUGGCAAGCGCGUUCUCACAAAAAGAAAGGGAUGAUAUUAAAAAUGUGAUACCAGGUGCGACCACAGCUUUUAUUGGCUUGUACAGACCUACCUGGAAGUGGUGGUCUGAUGGCACGGUCCACAUAUUUGAGCACUGGAUAAAAGGACGCCCGCUGAGCAGAACUGGGAACUGUGCAGCCAGCUUGAUAGACGCUGCCAACGUCGGAAAGUUGGUGGAGUACGACUGUGCAACAAGUUUUUCAUUCAUGUGCUAUGGCCCCCCAMAGGAACCGCCUCAAAUGAAAAAAAUUAAGCGCAUCAAGCUGACGGCGCUGAAAUCCACAGCUGACCUGAACGACCCUGCGGUGAUGAAUGACAUCCUGACUCAGAUGGAGCAGAAGCUCAGAGAGACGGGGAUCACAGCAAGUCUGAACAUUACCUGGAUAACCCAACUUGACAAGAAAACCUUCUAUAAAGAAAACAACUAGACGUGUUUUACAUGCAUUUAGAACCUGUUUCACUGAUAGGAUGUUCAUUGUAC